AUGUCUGCAAAGGUGCGAAACUUGGAAAUAGGCAAUGUGUUGGUGGUCGGUGGCUGUGGUUUUCUCGGGUGGCACAUUGUCGAUCAUCUCCUGAAUUUCCCCUCCGAGACCGACCCCAGCGUCGCUCUUCCCAAGGUGACCGGAGAUGCGCGCUUCGAUGUCCCCACGUUGGGCUCCCGAUUCCCAAACUACAAGGCCAAUGUCUCGGUUGUGGAUUUGCGCACCUCAAACAACCGACUUCCUGGCGCGAAUUACUACGAUGGCGACAUUACCUCCGUUGAAUCCAUGCUAGAGGUCUUCCGCGCUGUCAAGCCCGACGUUGUGAUCCACACUGCGACCCCCUCAGUACUUGAUGGAAACAAGGCAUUGCUGUACAAGGUGAAUGUUGAGGGUACUAAUACCCUGGUCCAGGUGGCUGGGGGUGAGCAUGGUGAUUGGGGUGGCAAGUGCAAGGCCUUCGUUUACACAAGCUCUAGCUCUGUGGUGCACGAUACCCAGAGCGACUUGAUCAACGUUGAUGAGGAAUGGCCUCUUAUCCGGGGCAAGAGACAGAAGGAGUACUACUCCGAGACCAAGGCUGACGCCGAGGAACUCGUCCUGAAAUAUAACCGUCAAUCCCCGACUGGAAUGGUCACAACCGCAAUCCGCCCCGCCGGUAUCCUCGGCGAGAAAGACACAACAGUCACCCACAAGAUCCUCGAGCACGGCUCCAAAGCCUCGAGCACAGUCCUGAAGAUGCAGCUUGGUGACAACGAUAACCUCUUCGACUUCACCUACGUCGGCAACAUUGCCUACGCUCACAUUCUGGCUGCACACCGUCUGCUGGCCACUUACAGCCGCUACGAAUCUGGCCAGGGCGGGCCCUUGGACCACGAGCGCGUUGAUGGUGAAGCGUUCAACAUCACUAACGACUCUCCUAUCUAUUUCUGGGAUGCUACACGUGCUAUGUGGGCGUUGAUUGAUCGUGUUGUGGAGCCUACUCAGGUUUGGGCCCUGCCGGAGGGCCUACUGGGUGUUAUUGGUGGUCUUGCGGAGAGCGUGAUGGGUAUCUUUGGUAAGACCCCGCGUUUGACACAACGGAUGGUGCGGUAUUCGUGUAUGACACGGUACUACUCCAUCGAGAAGGCCAAAUACCGUCUGGCUUAUUUGCCCGUGGUUCCUGUCGAUGAGGGUAUCACCCGUGCUGUUGGUUAUGUGAUCCAGAAGCAACGCGAGGAGGAUGUCAAGAAGGCGUUAUAA